CAAACUUGUUCAGUCCAUCGCAAUCACUUAAUAGUUAAUACACGUUUGUUUCUAUUAUUUGCUACUCCAGUGACAUGACAAAUUGAAAAAUAAUAAUCAUGAUAUUAGGUAAAUCCAAACUAACAAGCAAAUGACAUGACAACAAGAAAAGGAAAAAAGAGAGCAUCUUGGAACAGAAGCAAUACGACUUUUCCUUGUUAUUCACUCGAAGAUGACAUAAACACAUAAUUUGAUGACAUUUAAAACCAAAAGCUUGACUCUUUUGAGAACCGGAUGAUAUUGAAAGAGAGGUGAGAAUAGUAAUAAUGCCUCCGCAAUUUCAUCAAUCUUCCCUUUCUAUUCUCAAUCCUCUACUCAGGUUCUCACCUCCUUCCUCCCCUGAUAAUCCCAAACACCAGAGGUUAUCAACGAUUAAGAUGCCUAAAUUCACUGUACGUAAGCUCAUACCUCUUCUUAUUUUCGUUCUAUCAAGCCUCUCUGUUCUCCGACUCCUCCGGAUUUCAUACAAGUCUUCUUCUAAGUCCCAGUCCUCAUCUUCAACCACAUUUCGCUUGAGUCCAGCUGAUUCCAGUCAGCAGCUCAGGGCUAAUGAGGGCCCAACCGCUCUCAUGGAAAAGGAACUGAAGCUCUUAUCAGAUACCGUUACUCGUAGAUCCCCAUGCAACAUUCUUGUUUUCGGGUUUGCACCUCAAUACCUCAUGUUAUCUUCAAUCAACACUAGAGGUAUUACCGUCAUUCUGGAAGAUGAACCUGCAAAGAUAAUGAUACCAAAAGCUGAAGUAAAUCCAAACAACACAAGAAUCUACAGCUUAAAGUACCAUCAGAUGGAAGUAAGAAAUGCUUACAAUCUGCUUCAACAUGCUCGAGCUAAUCCCGCAUGUGCACCAAAUAUGAAUAAUCAACAUCAAGGCUCAUCAGACUGCAAACUGGAACUGAGGGAUUUGCCACAGCAGGUACACAAUACCAAAUGGGAUGUGAUAGUUGUUGAUGGCCCCCGUGGAGAUGACUUAGAGACACCAGGUAGGAUGGGGAGUAUAUAUACUGCAGCUGUGUUAGCAAGAAAAGGAAGUAGCAACUCAACAACAGAUGUUUUCGUGCAUGAUGUGCACAGGACAGCUGAAAAGUGGCUCUCCUGGGAGUUCUUGUGCCAGGAGAAUCUGGUUUCAGCUAAAGGAACCUUCUGGAAGUUUAGGAUCAAGCGUCAAUCAAAUGCAUCCAGGUUUUGCUCACCAGAAACAGUCAUCAUCAGAUAAUAGCUAAAUUUUGUACAUUUAAUCAAGAGCAACAAUGUUACUCCCUUAGUUCUACACACUACUGUGUCUUAAUCUCAUACCACCGUAGGGAAAUAUUCGAAUUAAAGUAAUUUAGUGUACAAAUGUCAUUCUAAAUAUGUGUAUCCAACUAGAAAAUAGAUACAGUUUGUUGAGAUGGCCACAAUCUAUGAACCACACAACAAAGUUAUUUCACUUUAUCUCCCCCA